AUGGCCUCACCACAGAAGCUCCGAACUCCCAUCACGGAUCUGUUCAAGAUCCAACACCCCGUCAUCCUCGCGGGCAUGAACGUUGCCGCCGGCCCCAAGCUCGCCGCUGCUGUCUCCAACGCUGGCGGUCUCGGAGUUAUUGGCGGUCUCGGAUACACUCCUGACAUGCUGCGCGAGCAGAUCGCAGAGCUCAAGAGCUACCUCACCGACAAGAACGCCCCCUUUGGCGUCGACUUGCUGCUUCCCCAGGUUGGUGGCAAUGCUCGCAAGACCAACUACGAUUACACAAAGGGCAAGCUCAACGAGCUCGUCGACAUUAUCAUUGAGGAGGGCACCAAACUCUUCGUCUCUGCCGUCGGUGUGCCCCCCAAGGCCGUCGUCGACAAGCUCCACGCCAAUGGCAUCGUCUACAUGAACAUGGUCGGCCACGUUAAGCACGUCCAGAAGUGCAUUGACCUCGGCGUCGACAUCAUCUGCGCCCAGGGUGGUGAGGGUGGUGGCCACACUGGCGAUAUUCCCACGACUGUCCUCAUCCCCGCUGUCGUCGACAUUUGCAAGAAGCACAAGUCUCCUCUUACCGGCGGCCCCGUCCAGGUUGUCGCUGCCGGUGGUAUUCACAACGGCCAGCUCCUCGCUGCCUCGCUUAUGAUGGGCGCCAGUGCCGUCUGGGUCGGAACCCGCUUCAUCCUCACCGACGAGGCCGGUGCACCAAAGGCCCACAAGGACGCUGUGCGCACAUCUGGCCACGAUGAUAACAUCCGCACUCUCAUCUGGUCUGGCCGUCCCAUGCGCGUGCGCAACAACGACUACAUCAACGAUUGGGAGACCAACCGCCAGGCCGAGAUCAAGGAGCUCGUUGCCAAGGGUGUCAUCCCUUACGAGGCCGAUCUCGACAAGCUUGCUGAGAGCUCCAACGAUAACGACAACGACAACGACAACGAUGAGGAUGAGGAUUUCCUCGACAAGUACCGACCUUACCUCAUGGGCAAGUGCGCAGCUGUUGUGAACGAGGAGAAGCCCGCAAAGGCUGUUGUGGACGAGUUCGUAGACGACGCUGUUGCGUGGUUGCAAAGAGGCAACAAGAUGAUUGCCAAGCUGUAG